ACCAAACCUACCAGAAAAGCUCGAAAAGGAAAAUCUUUUUAAUGAAAAAGGAGGAGCAGACAAGACCAAGAUUCGCUUUAGGGUUUUGUCUCCUCCUCCGUCGAAUUCGUAUGAUCAAAUAAGACGGCGUGGAGGAAGUGGGACGGUGAGGAACUGUGUGUGCGUUUGAAGAGAUGGCGCAUAAUAGCGUUAACGUGGUUGCUACGAAGACGAAGCCUCAAUCGUCGCGGAGCUGGGUUAGUAUAGUUGCGACGGGAGAGAGUGAGGCGCUAGAUGUUGAUAAGUAUGCUAUUAUGCACCGCGUCCAGAUCCACGCUCGUGAUCUUCGGAUUCUUGACCCGAAUUUAUCUUACCCGUCUACUAUUCUUGGCCGUGAGAGAGCCAUUGUGCUCAAUUUGGAGCAUAUCAAGGCGAUUAUCACUUCCGAAGAGGUUUUGCUACGGGAUCCAUCAGAUGAACAUGUUAUUCCAGUUGUGAAGGAGCUUGAAAGACGCUUACCUGUUGGUAACGAAGAACACCAUGGUCAAGGAGAUGGAAAAGAGAGCUCAAAUGCACAUAACGACCCUGAUGCUGGCGAAGAAGAUGAAUCCCCGUUUGAGUUUCGGGCGCUUGAAGUUUUCUUGGAAGCAAUCUGCAGCUUCUUAGCUGCAAGAACAACAGAGUUGGAAACAGCUGCUUAUCCUGCUUUGGAUGAGCUUACCUCAAAGAUUAGUAGCCGUAACUUGGAUAGAGUUCGGAAGCUGAAGAGUGCCAUGACUCGGUUAACAGCUCGUGUUCAAAAGGUAAGAGAUGAGCUGGAACAGUUGCUGGAUGAUGAUGAUGACAUGGCUGAUCUUUACCUUUCGAGGAAACUCUUCAGCGCUUCCUCAGCGUCCACUAGUCCAAAUUACUAUCUCACUUCCCCAACAAUAGGCUCCAAGAUCUCGAGAGCGAGCAGAGCGAGUCUAGCCACAGUUCGUGGGGAUGAAAACGAUGUUGAAGAGCUUGAAAUGUUGCUCGAGGCAUACUUCAUGCAAAUCGACAGCACUUUGAACAGAUUAACAACACUACGUGAGUAUAUCGAUGACACAGAGGAUUACAUCAACAUACAGCUAGACAAUCAUCGUAAUCAGCUGAUCCAGCUGGAGCUUGUGUUGAGUUCUGGAACCGUUUGCUCAUCGUUUUACUCUCUGGUCGCUGGAAUAUUCGGGAUGAACAUUCCAUACACAUGGAACAAUGACCAUGGAUACAUGUUCAAAUAUGUUGUGAUUGGUACGGGGAUGUGUUGUGUAAUCUUGUUUGUGUUCAUAAUGUCGCAUGCUCGGUACAAAGGGCUUGUGGGAAGUUAAAGAGAUACUGCAGAAAGCAUUGAGACUUGUAAUUGUAAAGAUGAGCGUGACUCUUUAACCGCACCAAUGAUAGGUUUUAGCUAUCUGUAACUCUCAGAUCUGUAUAAACUCUCACUCUUUUGUAUUGAAUAAUGAAAGAAGGAAUAAAACUUUGAAGUACGAUUACA